AUGUACGACAAAAACAUAAAAUCUUAUGACUCAGAGGAUGAUGAAAGGACAAAUAUUACAUGUACAGGAGAGUCUUUAAGCCAUAAAUCAACAAGUAUUAGAAGCCUUUUUAAGUCACGAUUUGUUAUAUUUUGCGCUUUAUAUGUAAGUACAGGAGGUUUACUUUUUGGCUAUGAUCAGGGAGUAAUAUCAAUUGUACUUGUUAUGCCUCAUUUUCUUAAAGAAUUCCCUGAACUAGCAAUUGCAAAGUCAUCAAUGUAUCAUGGAGUUCCAUAUCCAGAAGAAUCUGGACCCCAUUCAGACUUUUACAAAGGUCUUAUGACAGCUUUAAUAGAACUUGGAGCUUUUAUUGGUGCUUUAAAUCAAGGUUGGAUUGCCGAUAAAUUUUCGAGAAAAUAUUCGAUAUCAUGUGCAGUGCUCUUUUUUUCUAUUGGUACUAUUAUUCAGACAGUAGCUUUGAAUUAUUCAUCUCUUUCUACUGGGAGAUUCAUAGGUGGUAUUGGUGUUGGAAUGCUAAGUAUGUCAGCUCCUCUAUAUAUGGCAGAGAUAUCUCCACCUGAGAUUCGUGGAGUUUUGCUUGUUCUUGAGGAAUUGAGUAUCGUAACAGGAAUUGUAGUUGCAUUUUGGAUUACAUAUGGAACAAGGUUUAUUGAUUCUACAUGGUCAUUUCGCUUUCCUUUUUUGAUUCAAAUUAUACCCGGCUUAAUACUUGGCUUUGGUGUUUUUUUUUUACCUUUUUCUCCUCGUUGGCUUGCAUUUAAAGGUCAUGAUGAAAAAUGUUUACGUUCUCUUUGCAAGUUACGGCAACUCCCGGAAUCUGAUCCUAUUAUUCAAAAAGAAUGGAUUGAAAUUCGCGCAGAAGCAAAAUUUCAACAACAAACAAAUGAAAUUCGACAUCCUAAACUUAAAGAUGGUCGUCUAUUUACAACAAUAAAAUUAGAAAUAGUUUCAUGGUUCGAUUUGUUUAAGAAAGGCUGCUGGAGAAGAACUAUAGUUGGUAUAGGUGUUAUGUUUUUCCAACAGUUCGUUGGUAUUAAUGCUUUAAUAUAUUAUUCCCCUACUUUGUUUAAAACCCUUGGUCUAGAUUAUGACAUGCAACUAUUAAUGUCUGGUAUUUUAAAUGUUACUCAACUGGUUGGAGUUUUUACUAGUAUAUAUACUAUGGAUAGAUUAGGGAGACGUCCUUUACUUUUAAUUGGAAGUAUUUUAAUGUUUAUUUCUCACUUAUCUAUAGCUAUUAUUGUUGGAUUAUAUGGUCAUAACUGGUCUAUUUACAAAAUUCAGUGUUGGAUUGGUGUCUCAUUUUUACUGUUUUAUAUGUUAUCAUUUGGUGCAACAUGGGGACCUGUUCCGUGGGCAUUACCAGCCGAAAUAUUCCCUUCUUCUCUUCGAGCAAAGGGAGUAGCCGUAUCUACAUGCAGCAACUGGUUAAAUAAUUUCAUAAUAGGGCUAAUUACAGUUCCAUUAGUAGAAAAAACUAAUUAUGGUGCAUAUAUAUUUUUUUCUGCCUUUUGUCUUCUUUCUGCAAUUUUUACAUGGUUUUUUAUCCCAGAAACAAAUAGACGUACACUUGAAGAAAUGGACAUAGUUUUUCAUGAUAAUUAUGGAUUUAAUGAUGAAGAAAGGAGAAAAGAAAUAGAAAAAGAACUUUUUAUGAAACAAAAAUAUUUAUCUAAAGAUUAG